AUGCUGUGGACCUCCUCUGCCAUAUAAAAAAGGGGGACAUCUUUCAAACAUGGCAGAAACUAAGACUCACCGGCUUGGAGCAGCUCUGUCUCUGAUCCCUUUAAUUUUCCUCAUCUCUGGAGAUGAAGCAGCUUCAUUUCAGCGAAACCAGCUGCUUCAGAAGGAACCAGACCUCAGACUGGAGAAUGCCCAAAAGUUUCCCAGUCCUGAAAUGAUCAGAGCUUUGGAAUACAUAGAAAAACUCCGACAACAAGCUCACAAAGAAGAAAACAGCCCAGACUACAAUCCCUACCAAGGUAUCUCUGUUCCUCUUCAGAAGAAAGAAAAUGGUGAUGAAAGUCACUUGCCAGAAAGCACAAGGGAUUCUCUGAGUGAAGAUGAGUGGAUGAGGAUAAUACUUGAAGCUUUGAGACAGGCGGAAAAUGAGCCUCAGUCUGCACCAAAAGAAAAGCCCUAUGCUUUGAAUUCAGAAAAGAACUUUCCAAUGGACAUGCCUGAUGAUUACGAGACUCAACAAUGGCCAGAGAGGAAGCUCAAGCACAUGCGAUUCCCUCCUAUGUAUGAAGAGAAUUCCAGGGAUAACCCCUUUAAACGCACAAAUGAAAUAGUGGAGGAACAAUAUACUCCUCAAAGUCUUGCCACACUAGAAUCUGUGUUCCAAGAGCUAGGGAAACUGACAGGACCAAACAACCAGAAGCGUGAGAGAGUUGAUGAGGAGCAAAAACUUUAUACAGAUGAUGAAGAUGGUAUCUACAAGGCCAAUAACAUUGCCUAUGAAGAUGUGGUUGGGGGAGAAGAUUGGAACCCAGUAGAAGAAAAAAUAGAGAGCCAAACCCAGGAAGAGGUAAGAGACAGCAAGGAGAAUAUAGAAAAAAAUGAUCAAAUCAAUGAAGAAAUGAAGCGUUCAGGGCAGCUGGGCCUCGAGGAUGAAGAUCUCCGGAAAGAGAGUAAAGACCAACUCUCAGAUGAUGUCUCCAAAGUAAUUGCCUAUCUGAGAAGGUUAGUGAAUGCUGCAGGCAGUGGGAGGGCACAGAAUGGGCAAAGCGGGGAAAGAGCAACCAGGCUUUUUGAGAAACCACUUGAUUCUCAGUCUAUUUACCAGCUGAUUGAAAUCUCAAGGAAUUUACAGAUACCCCCUGAAGACUUAAUUGACAUGCUCAAAACUGGAGAGAAGCCAAAUGGAUCGGUGGAACCCGAGCAGGAGGUGGAACUUCCUGUUGACCUAGAUGACAUCUCAGAGGUUGACGGAGACCGUCCAGAUGCUUUCCCAAACAAAAUGCUCUCCAAGAAUGGUUAUUCCAAAACACCCGGUCGUGCUGUGGCACAGGCCCUACCAGAGGGGCUAACUGUAGAGGACAUUUUAAGUCUUUUAGGGAUGGAAAAUGCAGCAAACCAAAAGCCUCCAUAUGUUUCCAGUCAGUACUACCGAGAGAAAGUUCUGCCCAGGCUCCCCUACGGUCCUGGAAGAUCUGGAGCGAACCAGCUUCCUAAAGGUGCGUGGAUGCCAGAUGUUGAGAAUAGACAAAUGGCAUACGAAAACCUGAGUGACAAGGAUCAAGAAUUAGGAGAGUACUUGGCCAGGAUGCUAGUGAAAUACCCUGAGAUCAUGAAUUCAAACCAGGUGAAGCGAGUUCCAAGUCAAGUCUCCCCUGAAGAUAACCAACAGGAAGAGGACCAAAUUGAGCAGGCCAUCAAAGAGCAGUUGAAUCAAGGUAGCUCUCAGGAGACUGAAAGACUGGCAUCGGUAAGCAAAAGGCUCCCUGUGGGGCCCCCAAAGAAUGAUGAUACCCCAAACAGACAGUACUUGGAUGAAGAUCUGUUAAUGAAAGUGCUGGAAUACCUCAACCAAGAAAAGGUAGAAAAGGGAAGGGAGCAUAUUGCUAAGAGAGCAAUGGAAAAUAUGUAA